CGUGACUAACGGUCGCGGGAAAGCCGCGGAGUCUGAACGGGCGAUUCUGUGGGUCGGGUGGAGAGAGCCGGAGGUUUUUUGGGACAAGCUGGGAACCUCGUCGGGUGGCUGUGUGAACGCGCGCCGGAGGAGAGUCUGACCGCAGGGGGGCAGGAUUUGGCCUGUCAAAGGCAGCUGUCUGAACAGAAGCCUCAGCCGGGAGAGAAGAGCGUGUACGAUCUCAGCCACCAUGAGUUUCCUGAGCCGGCAGCAGCCGCCGCUGGCCACGGGGGCGCGGCGCCUGACGGUCCGGAGGGCUGCGGCCCCUAUCCGGCAGAAACUGCUUUUCUCGGGCGGUGGAAGCGACUGUGAGGAGGAGGAAGAAGAGGAAGAAGGCGGCUAUGAAGAGGAGGAAGAGGAGGGAGGCGGCAGCAGCGGCAACAGCACCGGGGAAGAUUCGGCCUUCCAGGAAGCCGACUCCCCUCUUUCGGGCAGCCGCACCCCGGCUCGGUUGGAGCCUCAGCCACCGCACAACCCCGAGGAGGUUGGGAGAGAACUGGCCUCGACUGCGGUCCCGGGUGAGGAAGGGGACUCGUGGGAAGAAGAAGGCUUCGGCUCUUCGUCCCCGGUGAAAUCACCCGGAGCUUAUUUCAUGGCUGGCUCGCCGCCGUUGAAGGGUCCUCGUCGUUUUUACGGUCAGUCGUCAUCGCCGCCACCGCGAGCGGAUACAAUCCGGUACCGGGAACACCCGGAUCCCGGUUCUCCUUUGCCCGAGUACCCCGGCACACCGCCGCACAAGACCUUUCGCAAAUUGCGCCUCUUCGAUACUCCGCAUACGCCGAAGAGUCUCCUUUGUCGAGCUGAAGGAAUGGGCUCGAGUUCAGCUAAACUCCGUGGUGGCUCUCUCUUUAUGAAUGUCGGAAAACUAGUAAAACAGGAAUGUGAUAUUGGACAAGCCCCUCAUGUGAACAUUAAUCCCUUUACUCCAGAUUCUGUCUUUCUUCAAUCUUCAGUUGGACAGUGUCGAAGGAGAAAGAGAACACAUUGGAAUGACUCCUGUGAUGAGGACAUGGAAGCAAGUGAUGGAGAACUUGAAGAUGAAACUGUCAGACCUGCCAAGCGGAUCAGCAUAACAGAAAGCAAUAUGAAAUCUCGAUAUGCGACAGAAUUUCAUGAAUUGGAGAAGAUUGGUUCUGGCGAAUUUGGUUCUGUAUUCAAAUGUGUGAAAAGGCUUGAUGGUUGCAUCUAUGCAAUAAAGCGAUCCAAGAAACCAUUGGCUGGCUCAGUUGAUGAGCAAAAUGCUCUUAGAGAAGUUUAUGCUCAUGCCGUUUUGGGACAGCAUUCACAUGUAGUCAGAUACUUCUCUGCUUGGGCUGAAGAUGAUCAUAUGCUUAUUCAGAAUGAAUAUUGUAAUGGUGGCAGUUUAGCUGAUGCUAUAAGUGAAAACUAUAGAAAUAUGCGUUACUUUGGUGAACCAGAACUGAAAGAUUUGCUACUACAAGUUGCUCGUGGUUUAAAGUACAUCCAUUCAAUGUCACUGGUGCACAUGGAUAUAAAACCUAGUAAUAUCUUCAUAUCUAGGACCUCAAUUCCAACUACUACAUCUGAAGAAGGAGAUGAAGAUGAAUGGUCAUCUAGCAGAGUUGUUUUCAAAAUAGGUGAUCUUGGUCAUGUCACUAGAAUAGCCAGUCCUCAGGUGGAGGAAGGAGACAGUCGUUUUCUUGCCAAUGAAGUUUUACAAGAGAACUAUAAUUACUUGCCAAAAGCGGAUAUUUUUGCAUUGGCAUUAACUCUGAUAUGUGCUGCUGGGGCUGAACCAUUGCCAGCCAAUGGGGAUCAAUGGCAUGAAAUUCGACAAGGAAGACUACCCAAAAUCCCACAAGUCCUUUCUCAAGAGUUAUUAGACUUGCUAAAAGUUAUGAUAAACCCUGACCCAGAGAAAAGGCCCUCAGCAGUUGCUCUAGUUAAGCAUUCUGCAUUGUUAUCCACUGCGAGAAAGAGCGCUGAACAGCUACGAAUAGAAUUGAAUGCUGAAAAGUUCAAAAACUCUUUGUUGCAGAAGGAGUUGAAGAAAGCACAAAUGGCAAAGGCGGCUGCUGAGGAGCGAGCACAAUUUACAGAUCGAAUGACAACUAGAUCUACAGCACAGAAUAGAAUUGCUCGUCUUACUGGGAAAAAAAUGAACCGUUCAGUUAGUCUCACAAUAUACUAAUGACUCUAUUUCAUAAACUGACAAAGGAGGAUAAUUGAUUAUUGCUGGAUAAUUAGGAGCAGAAGAGAAGAGUCUGUUUCUAAGUUUCUAUUUAAUCAUUGUCAAUGGUUUUAUAAAGAAGCCUUAUGCAAUUUGAAUUUUACAAGAUGCAGUUAAUCAAUUAUCUUUUCUCUGCUUCUCCCAAUAUUUACAAGUUACAUUCAAGAUCUUCAUUUUCUGGAAAAAUAGCCACCGCCAAGUGAAAUGGAUUUCUCCUCAGUGCUGUGCGCUCCCUAAAUUUAUUCUAGAGGGUUUAGGAUUGUGAGGAAAGGGAUUCUCUUGAGUAGAUUUGGGAGAUGUUUUGUGGAUUUGAAGAAAGGGAGAUCCCAAUGCACAAAGGAAGGCUGCUCAGAGAACACUGGAUGGAGCCACUGCUGAACAGGUGUUUGACUAUAAUAUAUAUAAUAUCAUCCAGAGCCAACCAUUGGAAUGGUGUGCUGCUUUUUAGUUUUAAUGCAUUGUUAGAAAAGGCGUUUUCCUGAUAAUAUAAAGAAUUACUUUAUAAAUUGCUCCAUCAGGCAUGGAAAUAAGAAGUGCCAUGGAGAAAGUCUAAAGGACAACAAGCCAAACCAUACCUGGUGUCAGGUAAAUCUGUUGUGAAUUUAUUCGUGGAUUCAACUGGGAGCACUUUGUUAGGCAUUGUUGCAAAUCACAGGAGUAAUCUUGUGGAUACAUGCCAUGUGAAACUGCUGCUAUUUUUAGUUUGUCUUGCUGUAAACUGUAGCAUUAAAACAAUCAUUGUGUUAAUGGGCUUUCUUUUAAAAAAAUUAUGUGAAAAAAAUACCAGAGUUGCUCUAGUGAAAGCAGCUUCCUUCUUUGAAGCUAGUGUACUGUGUACAGAAACAGCACACCAAUUUUAUAUUUGAAUUACAUUGUUAGUGUAAAUGUCUUUUUUAUAAUUGUUUCUAAUAAAAGUUGUCAAGUUAAUUCCUCUUCCUUUUCUACCUUCUCUUCCCUCCUCUAUUAAUAUGUGAAUGUCACAUGUUUCACUAUUUGUACAUAGCAUACUGUUUUAACAUUUUUCAAAAUGACUGUAUAUAGCUGUUACAUUGUACAACAUAAAAGCUGUAGUUUGCAAUUUCAGAAGAUCCUAUUCAAAUUUAUUUCGAUUUUAGUUAAGAGAAUAAUAUAAUUGGUACCCUAAUAAUCUGUUUCAAUAUUGCCCAAAUAGAUGCUAUCUAUUAUUGGCUUUUUGGCAGUUUCCUACUUGAAUGUUUCACUGUUUUUAAUUAGCAUUGCAUCAAAAUAUUAAAGUGCCAC